CCUCGGUCUCGCAGCUCCAGCCCCUCGCCCGCCCCGCCCCGGCUGCGAAGCGUCUGGAACUGCAUCCUCCGCAUCCACAUCCGCAUCCCCGUCCUCCUGCGACUGAGUCCUGCAGCAGCUGCCGUUGGAACCUCCAGAGAAGAGCCACCAUUCACCAUGGUGAAGCUGGGCUGCAGCUUCUCUGGGAAGCCAGGAAAAGACCCUGGGGACCAAGAUGGAUCUUCCACAGACAGUGUUCCUCUGAUUAGCCCCCUGGAUGUCAGCCAGCUGCAGCCACCAUUUCCUGACCAGGUGGUCAUCAAGACACAGACUGAAUACCAGCUGUCCUCCCCGGACCAGUCAAAGAAGUUCCCAGACCUGGAGGGGCAGAAGCUGAACUGCAACCACCCAGAGGAAGGGCGCAGGCUGCCCACAGCCAGGAUGAUUGCUUUCGUCAUGGCACUCCUGGGCUGUGUGCUGAUCAUGUACAAGGCCAUCUGGUAUGACCAGUUCAGCUGCCCUGAUGGCUUCCUGCUUCGGCACAAGAUCUGCACGCCUCUGACCCUGGAGAUGUAUUACACCGAGAUGGACCCUGAGCGUCACCGCAGCAUUCUGGCGGCCAUCGGGGCCUACCCCUUGAGCCGCAAGCAUGGCACUGAAAUGCCAUGGGCGGACAGCUACCACGCUGUCAAGGGAGCGCACAAGGUGCCCACCCAGGUGGGAGCCGCGGGUGGCGACCACGGAGCAACCUGGAAAGCCCUCGGCCAAGGGCGAGAAGGAAGAGGUGUGGAAGGCUGUGGCCAGCUCGCCACCACCAGCCCCUCAGUGACCGACGCGCGCCCUGCCGGCCGGCCCGGGCAUCCCCUGCCAACUCCUGUGACCAGUGAGUCGCCUGCCGCUCUCCUAUCUUGUGUUUGUGCCCUUUCCCCCAGACACCUCGCUGAUGCCCCCGCCCUCGGUGGGCCUCUAGCUUUGUCGCUUUUCCGUAAGUAAAAACUCAUGUCUA